CUGUAGGCAGUGACAAGAGAGGCUAUGGAAAGGUCAACCACCAAAGGAUUGCCCUGACUGAGAACUCUGUUGACCUUAUCCAUGAGAUCAUGACUGUAGGCCCUAACUUCAAGUAUGCCUCUAACUUCCUCUGGCCAUUCAAGCUGAACUCUUCCCUGGGAGGUUGGCACCACAAGUACAGACAUUACAACGAUGGUGGUGAUUACGGUUUCAGGGACACCAAGAUUGAUGCCCUGGUUAGACAAAUGCUGUAA